CUUCGAUGCUACCAUGCUCACGCGCAUAAUUGUACGACUUCUUUUGCUCAAUCGGAAAAGCGAACUAUUUCAUAUUGCUGCGUCUUGAACCAUAGCACAGCCUCUAAAUGCGGUCCUGUCAUAUGUCAUUGUGCUCAAGCAUUUUGGACACUUUUAUACUGUCUCGACUGUCCAUACACACACUUGAACAAACCAUACUUCCCAAGGACCCAUCUAGUCCAUCUAGCUAAUAUUUUAUCAGCAAGAGAAGACUGCACCAUAUUAAUAUGACCUAACAUUUGACUUAUCCUGAUGACUACGACUUUAACCACUUGCUCUCAGUAAUUUCCGGUUUGCCAAUUACAGCAACAAUUGGUGCUACCAUUACUACCCUGGUAGAAAUAUCUCUAAGCGGAUAGAAAUUGAGCCAUUUCGAAGCCAUCACAAGCAUGUCUUAAAGGUAACAAUGUUCAGGAGUGUAGGUGGUGGUGUGAUUGACGCGGAGGUUUUUAUCAUUUGGCGAACACGCCUAUCUUCAAAGGCUUCAUCACUCUCUGAGCUUGGCCUCUUCUUGAUUGGAAUUCCAUCUAUCCUACCACGCUUGUGCGGAGAGGUUUCGGUUAACAGAAAGCCUGCCUGAUUUGAAGCUCUAUUUACUUUCUUGGGUUCUCUCGGGUAUAUGUUGUCCUACUCUCCUUCCUUCCUCAACAACCUCUUUCCUUCUAACCACAUACUCAGCCUCACCCUCUCAUACAAUUUACCACUUCCACUCCCCACGUACUAACCUUCAUAUAACUCUAAUAACCAUUCUCUCAUCGGACCUUCUUCGAUCUCGAGCUUAAAGUCGAUAUUGACGUCAAGCCCUGGAGGUCAUCGUCAACCAAUUCAACCUCCCUACCUUGUUCACCUCGUCUCAGCACGAGUCUUGAGUACCCCCAAACUCAGCUCUGUUCAAUACCGCCAGCCGACUUGCGCCCAUCGUCAACUUCAAUCAACAAUCAUGAAGCUCCUUAUCACCUUCUUGUUGGCACUGAUAUCAACAGCUGCUUCGACAUGGAGUCCAUUCAAAGAGCCUAGCGCUUCUGUUGUCAGCGUUGUACCAACAGCCAAUGACCAAGGUCGCGAUAUUGGAUCAACAUUCAAUCCAAAGGAGCUUCUCGAGUCCCGCAAACCUGAGUUUUAUAACGAAGCCUUGAGUCGACUGGAACGUCUCGAGGACCAGCCGCUGUGCCAUCGUGUCGCUGCUCAACUACUCAUGAAGAACUGCCGAGGUCUGGAUGGCGUUGACAAGCAAACAUACCAAUUGAACAGUGACCAGAAUCAGAAGCACCACAUUGAGGCCUUCACUGCUAGUCUCACGGUAUGCGAGAUGGAAGAAGUUUCGUUCUCGAUCCCUGACGCCUGCUUCCCGUUCUCCAGCACUGCUAUUUUUAACCAGGCUCGCGAUAUCGGCGUCUUAAAGGUGUCUCGUGAGCAGACGCUUGAUUGCAAGACAGCUAUUCAUCAAAAUCCAAGCAAUCAGCACAUCUGGAGCAACUUUGUCACGUCAGCUACGGUGUUCUGCCGCGCUGCAAGUUCAGAGCUUGAAAAUAACCAACACAUCCUCUUGCACAAGGAGCUGGUUCAGAUUAUGGCCAAGUUCUCAGAGGCCAUCCACAGAGACUUGGAGAUGAUGCAGAAGAAGUUGGCUGACAAUACGAAAGCCUCGGAUUCAUACUUGGACACAGUCCUCAGCAAUGUCAACGAGUGGACAGCUAAGCUAAAGCAAGGAUUCCAAUCCGCGUCAAAGAACGUAGAGGACGUCGACAAUGCCAUGGAUUCCAUAGCCAAGAACAGCAAGAAUGCAGCUCAUAUGAUGAAUCAAUUUCUUAAGAGCAUGUAUGAGAGUACUGCAGAAGUGUCUGCUGAGCAGGAAAAGGCUUUAGUUGUUGGAACGACCCAGGUCCAGCGUCAAAUGGACAUCAUUGCCAACAGUUUACUUGAGACUCAAAAAGGACUAGCAAAGGUGGCAAACGUUGUCAGUACUCUCAAUUCUGUCGUACUAUCAUUGAGCGAGCGAAUCGAUGUAUCGGAUACCCAAUCAAAAGCAACACUAAGCGCAGUUUCGAAUGCUACCGAUGCCCUGGAAUACCAUGCUCAACAGCUCAACAAGGUCACUAAUACAGUGUCAAACCUCAAUGAACAACUGGAGCAAGCCACUGAGAAUGCUCACUCCUGGAGAUACUCGCUUAGUCAAAGCACUUCGAUUCCUGACUGGACUAUCCGUACUGGAACUCCACUAGGAUUGAUUGCCAUGGGUAAUGCUGUUCUUGGAAGCUCUUUCCUCACGAACAUUCAGCUCGGCUUUGCAGGUCUUAUCUUUGGAGAAUUUAUUGUCUGGGCUCGAGGUCCAUUUGUGCAGUCCAUGUGCCAAUCCGGUCUGACCUUGAUCAACUUUAUCUCCUCGUCCCGAGAACCAUCUGCAGUCACCCAGAAGGCUCGAAUCGAAAAGGCCGCCUCGAUUGUGGCAACACCGAUUCAGUUCGACUCGCCAUCAGCUGCAGACAACAACCACCAUCACCCAGAGAUGAUGUAGAUACGAGAAGACCAAACGCAGAGCUUAAAAACCACCAUCAACGUCGCCUGGUAAAUUGGCAGACAAGGUCUCCCUCAUACUGGAACGUCCAGAUUUCUACAAUGGAGAUUAAUUAUUGCUAUUUAAACAUGUAAUCACGGGUUGGCAGUAUUUGGCACUUACGAAAUAAUACUUGAUAUGGGGGAUGGAGAAGCUGGAGACAAUACUCUUGGGGAGAAAUAUGUUUACGAUUCGCACUUUGGCUUGGCUUCAGCGAUCCCGACAUGGAGAAUUGGUUAACCAUCUUGUCAUUAGAGGUUGGCAUAGAACAUAGAUAGCACAUCACAGCGAAGAUACACGUAGAUACGUGGUUGAGAAC